UACAAUAAAAAGAAAUUUUAAAGAGAAAGAAUUAUUAAAGAAAAAUGGCUACUACUUCCAAUCCUGGGACUACCGAUAAAGCGAGUAAAGCUGGUGUAACUUUUGAACCGGAAGUGAGACCGCCCGCCGAUUUCAUUUUGGUCCAAAAAACUGAAAUAUCUGACGCGCUCGUUUUUCAAACCAACCAGUUCCUGAAAAAUUUGAAAAAAGCCGGAUUGAUCAUCGAAGUUGUUCCUGGAAUCAAAUAUACCGAUUGCAUAUUUAUUAAGCUCACAGCUACCGAUGAAUCUUUAAACCAUCUUGCUACGGUGCACGGUUUAUUCCCAACGUAUCAUCGCGACAGAUCGAUUCCGAGUUACUCGAAAUGGUUUAGUUUUUUUAAAUCUAAGAUAUCUUUGAAACCAAAACUUCAAGACCCGAUGUUUCGGAGAUGCAGUAAUUCUGUUAGAGGAGAUAUAAAUACAACUUUUACAAGCGCCGAAAGAAUCACGUUGAUUAGCUGCGUUUUAGAAAGAACAAAAUACGGUAGGCUAACGGAUGAGUAUGGUUUGGGGAAUUUAUUAGCGAACAAAAAUUUUGACGAUGCUUAUCCUUUACAUGAUGGUCCACUGAAAUGGAGUGAAUCUGGACCUUUAAACGACAGACAAGUUUUAGCUGAAUAUUGGGCGAGUUGGUAUAAGUUUUAUCAACUGCAACCGAUUCAUAUUAUUUAUAAAUAUUAUGGAUCAGAAAUAGCAUUCUUUUACGCAUGGUUGCAAUUUUAUACGAUCUUGGUGUUGAUUCCAGCUUUUCUGGGAUUAUUCGCUAUAUGUAUGUCUUAUUGUGACCUAAAUCAUCCAUUGCUCCAUCCUGUUCGUAGAGUAAACGAAAUAUGUGAAUCAAAUAAAACAAUAUGCCCAACAUGCACGGAUAAACAUUGCGGAUAUACAACAUUGAGCGAUUAUUGUUCUGUAGCAAAAACAGUUUAUUAUUUGGAUAAUAACUACACAGUGGUUUUGGCUGUUUUUAUGACAUUGUGGGCUUCGCUAUUUGUGAAAUUGUGGAAUCGCGCAGAAUGUAUUUGGCAGUAUAAAUGGAAUUUAAACAGUUGCGUACCACAAAUUGAUGAAAUGGCUAAUUAUAAAGUUCGCGUUCGAGCGUAUACAAAAUACAAUAAGUACACUCAAACUGAAGAGCAUUACACGCCUUUUAAGAUGAGAUUUCCUAGAAUAGUUGAAUCGCUUAUCACUGUUACAGCUUUUGUGCUUCUUCUGGGUAUUACAACAGCGUUAAUAUUACUUUCGGAACAUCUAAUCAUGUAUUAUUUGUUAAAAUACCAAGUUACAGCGGCGGUGGAUCACCUGCUCUUUAUAAUGAGAGUUUAUAAUUGUUUCUGUACCAUUAUUCUUAUAAAAACUUACAGCCCGCUUAUAAAUCGUGUAUGUAAAUAUUUGACCGAUCGAGAAAUUCAUAGAACCCAAAACAAUUACCUCACUGCGUACAUUUUCAAAGGUUACGUUCUGAACUUUUUCAACUCUUAUCUAAUGUCGUUUUACAAUUCUUUUAUCAAAGAAUCUAUGUUUACAAAUCCAGGAGAUUACGUGAUUUAUAAUAGAUUGUACGGCAUUGGUGCAGCUCUUUGCCCACCGGGAAUGGGUUGUUAUCUUGGUCUAUUUAUGAGCAUCUCUUUUAACAUUAUGAAAGAAUAUAUUUUGUUGUUUUUCUUGAAUGGUUAUCUCAUGUCAAGCUUAAUCGAAGGUUUUAAAAAUUUACAUAGACGUAUACUUGAACAAUUAACGUUAAGACGAGGUAUUGUGAAGGUCGAUAUACCCCAAUGGGAAGAAGAAUACGCAUUGAAACCGAUAAGUUCAACUUAUUUCUGUGACGCUUUUGUGGAUCUUGUAAUCGAGUAUGGGCUAUUCGUUUUUUAUAGUGCAGCAGUUCCGAUACUUCCUCUUCUUGUAUUAAUGAAUAAUAUCGCCGAAAUAAGAAUAACCUCUCGAACACUUCUUCUAAAAUCAAGAAGAAACAUACCAAAACGUGUCACCAGUUUAGGAGCAUGGAAAACAAUUUUUAUUAUUGUAACAAGAUUAUGUUAUCUUAUUAGUGCCGGAGUAGUAUGCUUUACAUCUACGUUGGUUCAUCGAUCGGUUUAUUAUUUCAAUAACGGCGAAUCAAUGAAGGGAUUUAUAAAUGAUACACUGACUGCAUUUUUAGUCGAAGAUUUCAGCGGCGAAGUGAAAGAAAAUUUAGUAAAACAAUUUCCAAACGUAUCGGUAUGUUACUUUAACGGAGCCAAAAACGAUUUUGACGAUGUCACACCAUAUCAAAAAGGUGACAAAUUUUAUCACCUUCUUGCAAUGAAAUUUGUAGCGGCCGUACUUUAUAUCCACGGCGUAUAUUUUCUUAAUAGCAUUGUAACUUUUUUUAUUCCUAAUGUACCAUCUGUGGUAACUGAAAGCGAAGCGUACGAUGAUAUGCUGGCAAGAACUAAAGAAAUGGAAAGGAUAACUUCAGGCAAACGUUAAAGUAUUAACCAAAUCAAAAAUGAA